CGGCUCACCAUUAGUCGUUUGGAAUGCCUCAAGCUACUACGGAAUACACCAAAGAUUGGAGACUAUUCCGUAUUCAUUACUGAACCCGGUUACCCGCUGAAGUUUCCCGCCAUUUGCAAAAUCUCUCUCCUCUAUUUGUCACUCAUUCAUUCAACUCCAAAACCCUCAAUUUCGCAAACCCUAAGUUCCGAAGAAAUCCAGCAAUGGAGGCUGAAAUUAAAGCAGAAUUCAAUAAAAGUGGUUUCAAUAUCGCCGAUGAAGAUGCCGUCCUCAACAAAUGUCUUACUUUUUGUACAGAGUACAAGCUUACGCCUUCAGAUCUAGUGUUAAGUUGGGAACUUUACUAUCUCCACAGGCAAUUGAAUGAGUCUACUGUACAAAAUGCUGAAAUGGAUGGAUUUUUGUUGCACCUACAAAACGAGCAGAAAGAAGCAUUUAUAAAAGAGGAGCCUGGUUGGCAUGCAUACUCCUUUCGUGAUGUAGAUAUGAUCUUGAACGAUGAACCAGAAGAUACGAAAGAAGGUAUUUUAGACACUCCAACUGACAAACCCUUGGCUCGAUAUGAAGAAUUAGGCGAUUUAGGGCAUGGAACAAAUGGAAGCCCUGUUUCAUCCAGUAAGCAGUCAAGCAUUCUGACGCCCUUUGGACAGAGAACCAACAAAUUUGUGGUUCAGUACCAUACCAAGACUGAGCCUAUUGCAGAAAAGGGAAACAUAGAAACUGAAGAUGAAGAUAUGGGAGAUGAAUUUAUUCGAAAGGCUCAACCGAAGAAUAGAUGCUCUUUAGUGAUUCAUGGAUCGAAGCCAGAACCUGGUUGCAGAUUUAUGUAUGAUAAAAUUGAAGACAGGUUUAUGUAUCUUGUGAACCGCAUCAAAAAGCAUACAUCAUCAUUUCUUUCUUAUGGACAAUAUGAAGAACCUACGGAUCCUACAGUAGCCUCUCAGAAAAGCAUGUUUGCUGUUGGAAUGAUCUGUUGUGACGGAGAAGGCCGUCUGAAUGAAAAAUCAGUCUUAUUACAAAGCAGCAUAGAGCAUUCAGGAGGAGAACAUGUACGCCUUGAAUUAGAAAAAGUGAACCAAUAUUCCAUUUUUCCAGGGCAGGUGGUGGGCGUUGUUGGAACCAACCCCAGUGGCCACUGCUUAGUUGCUUCGAAAUUAGUGGAUGCUAUUCCUCUGUUACCCUCCUCUGAUAUUAAUCUUCAUCCUGCAAAGAAAUUAGCUCUGAAUGAAGAGGGUCUCUCCAACUUUCAAUCACCUGCACUGGCUGAACUAUCAAUGAUUGUGGCAGCAGGACCUUUCACCACGACAGACAACUUGUUAUUCGAGCCUUUGAAAGAGCUGCUUGCAUAUGCAACUAGAAAGCAGCCACAGUUGCUUAUAUUGCUGGGACCUUUUGUUGAUUCUGAACAUCCUGAGAUCCAGAAACCAACCUUUAACCGAAGCUUUGAUGAAGUAUUUCAACAUGAAAUCAUCAGAAGGUUGCGAGAUCAUGUUGAAUACAUGGGUUCUUCCACUCGUGUGCUUUUGGUGCCAUCUAUACGAGACGCUAACCAUGAUCAUGUUUUCCCUCAGCCUCCUUUUGACUUGAACCCUGAGAUGAAAGACCAGAUUACGUGUCUUGCCAAUCCAGGAAUAUUUGAUGCGAAUGAGGUGAAGGUAGGAUGCUGUUCUGUAGAUGUCAUAAAGCAUCUGGGUGGAGAAGAGAUAUCCAAGAAUCUGACAUCAGGGGCCCGUUUGAGCAGAUUGGCCACCCAUAUUAUCAACCAACGCAGCUUCUACCCUUUAUAUCCCCCAGCUGAGAGUGUUCCAUUGGACUUCUCUAUUGCUCCUAAAGCUUUAGAUAUUUCUUCCAUCCCACAUAUGCUCAUUCUACCGUCUGAUUUGGCUCCUUUUGUAAAGGUGCUUUCGAUCAAUGAAGAAGUUAAAGAACAGGAGCAUGUUAAAUGCCUAUGUGUAAAUCCUGGGAGACUGGCCAAGGGUAUAGGAGGUGGUACAUUUGUAGAAAUUUACUACAAUGGAAGUCCAGAGACAGCAUACGGUUUAAUCAUCCGCAUAUAGAUCUUCCAAUGUAGAAGUUGAAAAUAGAGGUAUAACUCCAGUCGAUUGUUCUGGACAUGAAAAAAAAUUGUACUGGAUUUGGACUUGAAAUUUGAGUCCAAUUCCCAAAUUUGAGUCUUAUGUAUAUACUGCUCCAUGUUUUUUUUUUUGGGGUUAGGAAUGUUAUUAGCUUAUACAUGUACUUUGUAUGGUACUUAUGUAUUAUGUACUAUCAUUUAGAAACAAGAACUUUAAAUGGCAUGUUUCAAUCAUAUGCUUUUAUAAAUUAUGAGAUAAAUACAGUUCCUUGGAAACUUCUGACUUCAUUUUUGUUUUCCUAUAUUGUUGAUGAAUUCUUCGAACAUCUAGGCUUCUUAUUGCUUCUACUUAUAAUGUCUAAAACAAUAACCAAAUGUAUGUACGAAGUAUAAGUUACAAGAGGUGGU